AGUCCACGGUGCUCCACCUCUUUGCCCAUUUUUGGAUAAGCCGGAAGUGGAGUCAAGCAGUCCAUGUCCAUGUUUUUUAUACAGCCUGUGAUUAAUAGGACCAGUAGUUAAUGAUGAGAUUUGUAAUGUGAGCUUUGUGUUUGUCAAUCACUCAUCUGCCAAAGGCUCUAUACAGCGUCAGAAACUGACUUGGUAUCCCAUGGUAUCACUUUCUGUGUGGAAUGUUUUCUGAAUCUUCUCUGAAUAUGGAUUUAUAGAAGUGAAGCCUUUAAAUCCAGAAUUUGAUAUUCACUGUUUGAAAAAUAAGAUGUCUUGGCUCAUUAAUAAUACGAAAUAGAUUCAUCUUUAGGGAAUCAUCUGUACAGUGACUAUGACUGAUUAGAUAUUUCCUAUUCAAAGACUGAUACAGAGGGAAAUGAAACAAAUGAUUUGGUGUUGCAGUCACUUUCAUCGAUGAAGCAAAGUCCGCUUGUCCUUGGCUCCCUUCCAGUACUGGUUUUACUCUCACCCUUUGCACCUUGAAUAGUUUUCUGUUUUCCCAGACCUCAGCUCUAGCAGACAUGCUUUCUCUUGCAUUACGGCAAACCUUACGGCCCCUCUUCCUCAGGGCUUCAGGAUGUUUGGGCCAGGAGGGGCAGGUCACCGCGGAGUCAUGCAGGCGAGGCCUCAGCAGCGCUGGAGGAUGGACCGGACAGGAGAGCCUGGCCCAGGACGACCCAGAGAUGUGGAGCCUCCUGCAGCAGGAGAAGGACAGACAGUGUCGGGGUCUCGAGCUCAUCGCGUCAGAGAACUUCUGCAGCCGUGCGGCGCUCGAGGCCCAGGGCUCCUGCCUGAACAACAAAUACUCAGAGGGAUACCCAGGACAAAGGUACUAUGGAGGUGCAGAGAUUGUAGACAAGAUUGAGCUGCUGUGCCAGAAGCGAGCGCUCGACACCUUCGGUCUGGACCCAAAUCUGUGGGGAAUCAACGUGCAGCCGUACUCCGGAUCGCCCGCUAACUUUGCAGCCUACACAUCUGUACUGAAGCCUCAUGACCGCAUCAUGGGCCUGGAUCUGCCUGACGGAGGACACCUUACCCACGGCUACAUGACAGACACCAAGAGAAUCUCAGCCACCUCCAUCUACUUUGAAUCGAUGCCUUACAAGCUGGAUCCCAAAACAGGUCUGAUAGAUUAUGACCAGCUGGAGAAGACGGCCCGACUCUUCAGACCCAGACUCAUCAUAGCAGGAACCAGCGCCUACGCUCGCCUGCUCGACUACCCUCGCAUGAAGAAGCUGUGUGUGGAGAUUAACGCCUACCUGCUGGCAGACAUGGCUCAUAUCAGUGGCCUGGUGGCAGCAGGAGCUGUUCCAUCGCCUUUCAAGCACGCUGACCUGGUGACCUCCACUACCCAUAAGUCCCUGCGUGGGGCAAGGGCUGGUCUGAUCUUCUACCGGAAAGGUGUGCGGUCUGUGGAUAAAAAAGGUCAAGAGGUGACCUAUGACCUUGAGGACAGGGUGAACUUUGCCGUGUUCCCAUCACUUCAGGGAGGACCUCACAACCAUGCCAUUGCCGGGGUGGCCGUCGCCCUCAAACAGGCCUCCACUCCCAUGUUCAAACAGUACAUCGCUCAAGUGAUGCUGAAUGCCAAGGCCAUGGCGAACGCUCUGUUGAAGAAAGGCUACACCCUGGUGUCCGGUGGAACAGACAACCACCUGGUCUUGGUUGACCUUCGAACUCGUGGGAUGGACGGGGCUCGAGCCGAGAGGGUCCUGGAGUUGGUGUCCAUCACCGCCAACAAGAACACCUGCCCCGGAGACAAGAGCGCUCUGACCCCAGGAGGACUCAGACUCGGAACUCCAGCUCUGACAUCCCGACAGCUGAAGGAGACAGACUUUGAAAAGGUUGUGGAGUUUAUUGAUGAAGGGAUUCAGAUCGCGCUGGAUGUGAAGAAGAAGACUGGAAACCUGGCCAGCUUCAAGUCCUUCCUGCUGGAGGACUCAGAGACGGUGUCGCGCAUCGCAGAGCUCCGCCAGCGGGUGGAGCUAUUCGCCAGGCCCUUCCCCAUGCCGGGAUUCACUGACCACUGAUAACCACACAUGCACAAGGGCAGUUUCCCCAUCACAUCUCGGACAGAUCCUUAAUCCUUAAGAGCUUCAGAGCUCCUCUAAUAUAACAGCCCUGUUUUUUUUAUAAUGUUGCCAUGGAAACAAGCAUUGUUUCAAAACAAUGUUAAAGUCUGAAAAAGUCAUAUAUAACUCACAUUAUUGUUAAAUAUUACAGUAUUGUGCAGAAUCGCCACUCCCAGUCAGAUGUGUGCCUGCUGGACAUGGAAAAGUUUGGUUUGGUUUUGAGUGAUGAUGAGGUGGAUGAUGAUGAAUGCUUUUCCAUCACCGUCAACACAUCAACACACACGCACACACGCACACACGCAUACAACAGCUGCUGCUCUCGCUGUCAUACAUUUUCCAGUCUCACACAGGACCUUGAACUUGUUUCCACUCAACUCUUUUUAGAGGCCCUAUCAGUGUCAGCUUUUGUCCCAGUCCUUGAAGAACUCACAGCUUCUGUUUUGGAAAUCGAACGCGCGCUCAGCUUUCACUUAGAGAACCAAAAAAUCGAAAAAUGGGGAAACAGCAAAAAACAUUUUCAAACUAAGUUUUUAGGUUGCUUUUUUUUGUAUACUACCUUUCCAUCUUCUAUCCCGUCGCUUUGCUUUGUAUUAUAAAGGAUUUGCGGAGAAUGUACAAUGUAUAUACAGUACAUCUUCAUUACGAUAAUAAUAAUAAUAAAAAAACUACCCUGAA